GGGUCAAUCUAAUCUAUUUUGGUUCUUGUUCUUUAUCUGUUGGUUGAAAAUCCUCGAAUCGAAAUUUUCGUCACGAAUCUCGAACUUGGAAUGAUUCUCGUAGUGCUAAUCUAAUGAGAAAUACGUUUGAAAUGAAACGAUGAUAAACAGAUCUCGAAAGAUUAGACUUUUUAGUGAAUUGAACGCGUGCUUUUAACUCUAAUCCUGCAGCAGAUAAGGUAGUCGUCAAGGUGCUAGUCGUUGAUUCAGUCAAGUGGACGUGUCCGUGUGAUUUUUCGCAAUGGCGUUGAGAUUCGUCAAAAAUUUCGCUCGAUUACAACAGCAACUGCCUCGAAAUUACAGUAGUCAAAUUCACAAAGCUACGUUGAUUCCAGGCGAUGGUAUCGGCCCCGAGAUAUCGGCCGCUGUGCAGAAGAUUUUCGAAGCUGCUCAAGUUCCUAUCGAAUGGGAAGUAGUGGACGUUACUCCGGUCAGAGGACCAGACGGUAAAUUCGGCAUACCUCAGUCGGCUAUCGAUUCGGUCAACAAGAAUAAAAUCGGAUUGAAAGGACCUCUGAUGACUCCAGUCGGCAAAGGCCAUCGAUCUCUGAAUUUAGCUCUGCGAAAGGAGUUCAAUUUGUACGCGAACGUUAGACCUUGUCGUUCCUUAGAAGGUUACCCUACGUUGUAUGAAAACGUAGAUGUGAUUACGAUUCGAGAGAAUACCGAAGGAGAAUACUCUGGUAUUGAACACGAAAUCGUCGACGGUGUUGUGCAGUCUAUCAAGCUAAUUACCGAAGAAGCUUCGACUCGUGUCGCCGAAUUCGCCUUUAAAUACGCGCAAGAAAAUAAAAGGCAUAAGGUUACUGCCGUGCAUAAAGCUAAUAUCAUGAGAAUGAGUGACGGUCUAUUCUUGCGCUGUUGCCGCGACGCUGCCAGUAAAUUUCCGGAUAUAAAAUUCGAAGAGAGAUAUUUGGAUACCGUUUGUUUGACCAUGGUUCAAGACCCGUCCAUGUACGAUGUAUUAGUCAUGCCCAACUUGUACGGAGACAUUUUAUCGGAUAUGUGUGCUGGUCUAGUCGGUGGCUUAGGAUUAACCCCUAGUGGCAAUAUCGGAAUUAACGGAGCCUUAUUCGAAUCGGUACACGGUACAGCUCCUGAUAUCGCUGGCAAGGAUUUAGCUAAUCCUACGGCUUUGCUAUUAUCGGCCGUAAUGAUGUUACAGCAUAUGAACUUGACUUCGCAUGCCAGCGCCAUACAGAAAGCUUGCUUCGAGACCAUUAAAGAUAGCAGUUUCCGGACCGGUGAUCUAGGAGGAAAAGCAAAAUGUUCCGAAUUCACCAACGAAAUCUGUAGAAAAUUAGAAGUGUCCAAGUAACGAAAGUUUUAAAAAACACGACGAUAGUGCCGCCGCAUUAUCGAGUCAUUUUCAUUUACGUACCGUAGAAAAAGUGUUUCCUACUUUAUUUCAUUUUUUUCCUACUCACUAUUCUAAUUAAUUUCGCUUGAUGAGAUGAGAUGUAUCUACAUUAUUCAUUGUAUAAGUUAAUAUUAUGUAGCUAAUUCUUUUUUUCUUCUUCUUCUGAAGCUGCUCCUUUACGUGUAUUAUUUUAAGAUUGUAAGUUAGACCAGUCAUUCUACGUAUAGGUACCACGUCAUUGUAAAAUGUAAAAUGUAACAUUUUGUUAGUUUAUUUAUUGUUUUCAAACACACUCGAAAAAAAUGGCCAUGUUAGCCCUGGAUGUUAUGCGAUUUUAAUAAUCGAUCAUUGUGAUAAUAAAGUAUUAAACAGAGAAAAAAAAACACAA